GGUUCUUCUGGAGGUGCCAUCCUACGAGGAGAAGCUAAAGGAGAAGCUAGAGGUUCUGAGAGUUUCACUGCUGGCUGAUUCAGGAUGGAGGAGACGACGCUUAUAAAAGAGCGACUUCAAGCCAUUACGAAUAAAAGGAAAAUCCAGCAGAACAUUUCCUCCAAGCGCCUGGAGAUCGACCGAGAGAAAUUAAAGCUUCAGCACCUCAAAAAGAGGUCGAUGAGAGAUCUGUGGUUGAUGAGCGGUUCGAGUCCUGGAGAGGAACAGAGUUUUCAGAACGAUGCACAACAGACCAAAAUACUCCAGAGCAACAUACACAGGAUGGAGAAGGAGAUCGAGGCUCUGGAGAGGGAGGAGCUCAACAUCUCCAGGAACGAGGAGUUCAUCCUGACGAGGCUGAAAGCCGUGGAGAGAUCCACCGAGGACAUCAUCAAGGCUGCAAAUGAAAACUUUAAAUCAGAACCGGUUCAGGUUCAUCCAGGAACUUCAGAUCCAGUAAAAUCUUACACGCCUUUGAAUAUAAGAAAAACACUGACUGUGGGUCACAAACCCCAAAAUGACCAAAACAAACCUGCCCUGUACGCCAUGGAGAUCAACGUACAGAAGGAUCUGCGGACUGGCGAGAGCCGCGUCCUGUCCACCUGCACCGUCUCGGCACAGGAGCUCCAGCAGCGAGGCGUCAAGGUCUACGACGACGGUCGCAAGUCGGUCUACGCCGUGCGCUCGGCCCCCGGUCAGCCCCAGUCCAGCGAACCAGACGAGCUCAGCCCCGGUGAGGUGGAGGAUCUCCUGAAACAGGCCACCAUGAGAAAGCAGAAGCAUCAGGAGCAAAACGAGCCUCCACGCUUUCUGAACCAUGAGAGGAACCUCUGGUCAGGUUCGUACAGCGCGGCGAGCGAAUGGCCAGAGCUGGAGUACAUCGACAGUGACGGACAUCGUCCGGAGCAGGACGUUCACCAACCUGCUCAUGAGGUUCACAGUUACCGCCCUGAUCAGGAGUAUUAUCACAUGGACAGUGAGGUAUACGAAGGAAAGAUGAGACGCGGACCUGGAGCGGCGUCCUCACACAAAGGUUCUCCAGGUCAGAUGAACCCCAGACCGGCGUCCUCCCUCAUCACGGAGCCUCGACCCAGAGCUCUGCACGCGGUGCCUUCAGACCAGCCCGUCACCAUGAUCUUCAUGGGCUAUCAGCAAGCCGAGGAUGACGCCCGGAGCUUCGAGGGCUCCGUUCAGGCCGAGCUCAUCGUUAUAGAAGAUGGUGAAGAAGACCAUCCUUACCAGAAAGCUCACUUUCAUCCUCAACGAAACCACAACACCAACAACGCCACCACGUACCCAACCAUGGAGAAAUCAGCCACAGUUUCACAGACGGACCAAACGGUGUAGGAAGUCGCCAAAUCCUGGAACUCAGCUUAGAGGAACCGCACAACACCCACAACAACUGCAUGGAGGUGCAGAGUACAGAUACCAAAUCAAAGCACAAGACGCCCUUGGACCAGGGAACCUUUUGAAGAACCUGAUCAUGGUUCUACUACAUCGAGCUGAACUGUUAUGUAAUCAGAUCAUAGAGGAGAACAUGUCAAAACUACAGCCAGGGAAAAUCCAUCAGUAACUUGACUGGUCUGGAGCAAAUCCAAGAUGAGCCGUCCUUACAUUAUAUGUCCAAAUGUAUGUGGACACACCUUCUAAUCAAUAGUUUGUUGAAUAAAUCCCAGGCUUCCAGAUUGGAGCUCCAUAAUGACCUGGUUUGAUGAGUUUGGUGUGGAGGAACUCAAGUGACCAGCAUAGAGAACUGACCUCAACCCCAGUUAACACCUCUGGGAUGAACUGGAAUGUAGUUUAAGAGCCACGCCUUCUCACCAACCAUCAGCGCCCACAAAUUUACAAAUGCUCUUUUUAUCCCAAUUUAGUCAUAUGCAAUUACCCAACUGCAUUACUCUUGUUGACCUCCAGUCUGACUGAGGAGAGUUCAUAUGUGGACCAGUUUUGUGUACGGAGAGUCACACCCUGAUCCCCUUAUUUUCCCCGUCUCUGUGCAGGUGCCAACUAUCAGCCAGCAGAGGGCGUAACUGCACCCAACCUCCCCCCAAAAACCCCAACCCCCAAGCAGAGCUGAGAUUCGAACCAACAAGCUCUGGUACAAAUGCUCAUUUGACUGAAUGGACACAGAUUCCCAUACACUCCAAAAUCCUGUUGAAAGCCUUCGCAAAAGGUUGAAGGCUGUUAUACUCUCAGAGCCUCUCAGCUUGAACUUGAGAUGUCAGCAUUGGUGGACAAGCGUUCUUUAUCGCUGCGCCACCUAAAUGCCCUUGUGUCUUUGCCUUUGUGCUAAUUUUGAUGUUUGAUUAUAUUGUUAGCUGUUUUUAAUACUAAUAAGCAGAAGUGAAAUGAAACUGACAUGUUUAAACGGGUGCUAUGUGCAGUAUGUGUGUUACUGACCAGCCGGCAGAUGAAUGUCAGCUCUGAGGAUCUAACUAAAAUAAAUAAAUAAUAAAUAUAUUUAACAUUAAAA